CACAUCAUCACCACAAGAUCAAGUUCAGGCCCAAGACACAGAAAGACAACACCACAAUGCUCCAGCUUCACUGCUCCGGGACCCCCCGAGAGAUGGGUCAUACCCACGGCCACAACGCCAAACUCCAAGUGCACGGCUCAAUCAACUUUUACCGCAACCUCUUCCAGCAAAAAUGCGCGCUAGACUGGCCGGCCGUGACGCGCGAGGCAGAGAAGUACGUCCCGCAGCUAGAAGCCACAUGCCCGCGCUACCUGGACGAGAUGCGCGGGAUCGGGGAGGGCGCGGGGGUUGGAUUUUUGGAUAUUGUUGCGCUUAACGUGCGCACGGAGAUUAUGUUUGGGUUGUUUACUGAGGCUGAGGCUGUGAGGGCCAAGGGGGCCGGGGCUGUGAUCACGACGGCAAACGGCAAUGGGGUUGUCAAUGGCGAGCACAAGACUGAGGAUGAGAAGGACUUCCCUAGUGACGGGUGCACAAGCCUAUCCCUCCACCCACCCUCAUCCUCAUCAGGAUCCUUCCUCGCCCAAAACUGGGACUGGCAACCCGCCCAGUCGCCUAACCUGAUCAUCCUCCACAUCACCCCCUCCCCCUCCCCCUCCCCCUCCCCACUCCCAUCCAUAGCAAUGGUGACAGAAGCCGGCAUAAUCGGCAAGAUAGGCCUCAACUCCUCGGGCGUGGGCGUCUGCUUGAACGCCAUCCGGGCCCGGGGGCUCGACACCAGCCGACUCCCCGUGCACCUGGCGCUACGCACCCUGUUGGAGUCACGCUCCCUGACAGAGGGGAAGGCUGCCCUGAGGAAGCUGGGUGGCGUCGCGGGGUCAGCACACAUCCUCCUCGCGGACCCAACUUCCGCUGUGGGGCUGGAGUUCGCGGGCGGGAGGGAGGAAAUCGGGGAGAUCUUGCCUGAUGCGAAGGGACGGGUGGUCCAUACAAACCACUUGUUGCUGGAGCACCCUGGGGUCGAUGAGCCGGGGUGGUUGCCUGAUUCAGGGGAGAGGCUUUUGAGGAUGGGGUUGUUGACGGAUAGUGACCAGGAGAGGGAGGCGCUUGUGAAUGUCGCAGGGGAUGGGGUCAAGGUCGAUUUCCAGAGGGUGUUGGAGCUGUUCAAGGAUGAGAAGGGUUUUCCCUGCUCUAUCAACCGGUUGCAGGUCAAGGAAGGGGAGUCGCAGACGUUGUUUAGUAUUAUUAUGGAUCUGGGCGGAAAGAGGGCGCUGAUAAAGGUUGGGAGGCCUACUAAGGAUGGAGAGGAGAUCUAUUUAGGAUUUAAGUGAUGGUAAAUAUUAAUUAUUACAUUUUAUAUUAUUA